AUGAAGUGGGUUUCCUCCCUCCAGGUCCUGCUCCUACUGCUGCUGGGAGCAGCCGGGACCCUGGCAACUGAAGGUAAGAAAGCCGCGGAAACCCCCUCGUGUGGACAGCCUCGGGUGUCCAGUCGUAUCGUGGGCGGCCGGGACGCCAGGGCCGGAGAGUGGCCGUGGCAGGCGAGCAUCCAGCACCGCGGGGCGCACGUGUGCGGGGGCUCGCUCAUCGCCCCGCAGUGGGUGCUGACGGCGGCACACUGCUUUCCCAGGAAGGCGGUGCCCGCUGAGUACCGCGUGCGCCUCGGGGCGCUGCACCUGGGUCCCAGCUCGCCCCCUGCUCUUCUGGCGCCCGUGCGGAGGGUGCUACUGCCCCCGGACUACUCGGAGGACGGGGCCCACGGGGACCUGGCGCUGCUGCUGCUGCGCCGCCCAACACCCCUGAGCACCCGCGUCCAGCCCGUCUGCCUGCCGGAGCCUGGGGCCCGCCCGCCGCCUGGCACACCCUGCUGGGUCACUGGCUGGGGCAGCCUCCGCCCAGGAGUGCCACUCCGGGAGUGGCGACCCUUGCAGGGAGUGAGAGUGCCACUGCUGGACGCUCGCACCUGUGACCACCUCUACCACCUGGGCACCAGUGUGCCCCCGGUCGAACACAUAGUGCUGCCAGGGAGCCUGUGCGCCGGCUACAUCGGGGGCCAGAAGGAUGCCUGCCAGGGUGACUCUGGAGGACCCCUGGUCUGCAUGAAGUCUGGGCGCUGGGUCCUGGUGGGUGUGGUGAGCUGGGGCAAGGGCUGUGCCUUGCCCAACCGUCCAGGGGUCUAUACCAAUGUGGCCACUUACAGCCCCUGGAUUCAGGCUCACCUCAACAUCUGAUGCAGUGACUGACCCAAAGCCAGACUCUGGGGUCCCUUGGCUGCCCAGUCUGUCUGGGGACUGACACAUCCCUCACCCUUCUGACUGAAGGCUCAGAGGCCUGAUAAAGCCAAGGACCCACCCAUCCAUCCAUUUGUCUGUCUGUCCCCGGCAUCCUCUGUGGAGCUCACCAAAUGCGAGUUGCCAACCCUCCUCCAGGAGCCUCCCGUGUGUCUAUGGGUCUCACAUUCCCUCUGUUCCCUUCCUGCUCAUAUUUACCCUCCUGAACUCCAGCCAGGGCACCCAAAGACAGGCAAGUGAGUCAGUGCUGAGUCUGGUCUGCGUGCCCCUCUUUUCCGGAAUGAGUCAGAGAGAUACAAAUGGGACCAGUACCCAACCCCAAGGAGGUGAUUGUCCAUUGCUAGCUUUGAAGAUGGAGGGGCCACGUGGUGAGGAGCUGAGGGUGGCCCCUGGCCAACAGCCAGUAGGGAAAGGAGCGCCUCGGCGCGUGACGACAACUGCAAGGGACCAAAUCUGGCCAAUAACCUGAACAGGCUUGGAAGCCAACAACUCCUCCCCCAACCUGCAGACCAGAGCCUUGAAA